AUGCAGCUUCGUGAUCAUCGGAUUACCAUGGUUGCUAGCGGCGAAUUUGGCAGAGUAAAUUUCGUGUAUCCGAAGUCUAAUUGGAUUUAUGAACUCUGCGAGCGUUUGUGGAAAGGUUUAGCUGUUCACGUGUUAUUUAACAGCGUCGAUUACAGCAGUCGGCUGCAGUCCUUUUAUCUUCCUCGCUGCUGUGGCCGGCCUCCAGUUCCUCGCCUGGAGAUCUUCGACGGGAGGGGAGAGGCUAUCUUGGAGAAGUUCUACGAAGUCGGCUCCAGCAUCGAUCUCCGCUGUGAUGCCUACCAUGUCGCGAAGGACGCUAUCGUCUGGUCCAGAGCUGGUGCCAAGGUCUAUCACACACCUGAUGCUGGUGUGAGCGUGGAGACUUCCUCCGGGGUGAUGGGUCCAGUGUCCAGGCUGAGCAUCAAGACUGCCACCACUACAGACUCCGGGAACUACAGCUGUAGUGCCCCCGAGGCUGAUACAGCCACCGUCCGCAUACAGGUCCUCGAUGGGGAGAGCUCUGCCGCGAUGCAGCACUCGACAAAUUCUUCGUCAGCCUCAGCCAGUGUCUUCACUUACACCCUCAGCACCAUGGUUGUCUUAGCAACGUUGUCGUUAGUCAUAGCUGCUGGGUGCUAGCUUACAGGUGCUGGGUGCUAGUCUACCUAGCUUACAGGUGCUGGGGGCUAGUCUACCUAGCUUACAGGUGCUUGGGGCUAGUCUACCUAGCUUACAGGUGCUGGGGGCUAGUCUACCUAGCUUACAGGUGCUGGGGGCUAGUCUACCUAGCUUACAGGUGCUGGGGGCUAGUCUACCUAGCUUACAGGUGCUGGGGGCUAGUCUACCUAGCUUACAGGUGCUGGGGGCUAGUCUACCUAGCUUACAGGUGCUGGGGUGCUAGUCUACCUUGUGUCUACCUAGCUCACAGGUGCUGGGGGCUAGUUCCCAGCUGCUGGGUCCGAACUGACAGGUGCUGAUGCUGAGAGAUAUAAUCAUCUGGCACUCGGGGCUAGGUUCUGAGAAUUAGGUAAAUUGAAGAGUGUUCGAGAGGUUUUGGGGUUCUGAAUACUCGGUGCUGAGGGCUAGGUAAUGAGCGCUGGUUUACCAGUGCCAGGUACUGGUUUACAAGUGCCAGGUACUAGUUUACAAGUGCCAGGUACAGGGUUACGAGUGCCAAGCAUAGGGGUCACGAGGAAUAGGUUUACUGGUUUACAAGGACCAGACACUGGCUUAGAAGGAUCAGUUUACCUUGUUAGAGGUCUACCUCAGCUGGGAGAGGUAAACCUCACCCAGCUGAAGUCUUCACUUGCAAGGCAGGUGAUAUUAACGCUAUAUAAACUCCCUUUAAUCGAUUGUGUCCACUGACGAAACCUAUACAUCCCCCCCCCCACACAAUCACGACGGCUUCAUUUUCAUCUAUUAAAAAAAUUGAUGACUUUCGAAGCCACUCCAGGUUGUUUAUGACAACCUAAAGAUGUACAGGUUUCGUACCUAACACGUAAAUACCCUCAAGAAUCAUGACACUUUCUCGGUCAUCAUCUUACAAGACCCAUUUGGCACUCUUCCAAGGCAUGAGUCCUCGUCUUGGAAGAGGGCCAGGCAGGCUUUAAGAAUAAAAAACUACCAAUAUACUGUAAAAAAAAGCCUUCAAUAGCCGUCAUCAAAAGUCAUUAGGGAGGUUUUGGAGUUUCAUUAAACAGCCACAACAUAGGUGUUGAAUAGUGAUGCCACAAUGUGAUUUUCUUGGCAAGUUUCACUAUAACUGCAAGAUAAGUGAAUGCUAAAAGGGGGUCAUUUACCCAAACCUAUGAGCUAGACACCCCAAACCUAUGUACUAGGUACCUAAUACUGUGUACUAGAUACCCAAUACCAAGUUCCAGGUACCCAAUACUAAAUAUAUAAUGAACAUGUAUCCAAUACCUGGUACUGAGUAGAGAGUACAAUGUACUCUCUACUCAGUACUUUGGCACUCUUAAGUACCAAAUACCGAGUACCGGUUAAUACGUACUAAGAUCCUGAGUACCUAACUCAGUAUGCUGAGCACAGGUAUGCUGAGAGAGUGCUAGGUGCUAAGCUCUCAGCACUAUGCCACCCAAGAAGCACCUAAUCUUGGCACUUGAGUGGAACUAGGAUACUGGUAUGAUACAGGUCUACAAGUGUAAACUUGUAUAUCAAGAAGUAUAUAAUCUACUGUUAAUAUCUUCUUUGUACUAAGUGGGAUGGGUGGAGGAGAUAGUUGCUACUGUAAAUAGAAGGUAUAUAUAUGUGACUUGUAAAUAAUGCACAUAUGUGAUUGUAAAUAUAUGCAUUAUAUGUGGUUCUUGCCCAAGACACGACUAACCUGACUUUUGUGGUGAACUGAAUUUGGUAAAUGUAUAAUGAAUUCAGAUGAAAUAUCAUACAUUUGUAAAUACUCAAUUUCUAGUAUGAUUUUCUUAACAGAUAAUAAUCAUC